AUUGUAUUAUUCAAACUGAUAGGUUAUUUGUGUUUUCAUGAUAUCAGCCAACGCUUAAAAAUAAACAACGCGUUGCAUCUAGAAAGGACGCUUCCAAGAUAAGAAUUCAGCGUUGUAUUCUCCUUUUGCUUGCUUGUUGGAGUUCAUAGUAUAAACUCCAUACCCUCACCAACUCUCAAGCUAGAAGGUCGUUUCUCUCGCUCACAAGUUUAAACUAGUUCCGGUAAAUAAAUAUUUUCUGACGUUUAACAAACAGUUUGACAUUAUUUAAAAAUGAGUAAAAGGACGAAUAAGAGCGACUCUGGUAAAAAGAAGAAACCAAGACUGGUAAAGGAGGAACCGGGCGCAGAAGAGUCACCAUCAAUUUCUGACCCCACCCCGUCCACAUCGAGGUCAAUUUCGAAAGCAAGUCUUAAGCAAAAAGAAGAAAGGAAAAAAAAUCUAGAAACGGAAAAGUUUAAAUGCAUCAUUUGUGGCAAGAUUUUUAUAACAAAAUCUUUUCUGGACGCACAUACGGCCAGAGUUCAUGUAAUGGAUGACUUAUCGAACUCAGUUCUUGGUCAGGUUAACCCGUUUAAUGUUGAACGAGUGACGCCGCUUCAAAUGUGGGGAAGCGAAGAGGAAAUUGUUCAAACCCCAGAAAGGAAGAAAUUAUUCGACAACUAUGACAAGCACAGGAAGUUGACUUUUGCGCAACAGAAGAACAAAAAUAUAUCCUCAGUCUAUCUAGUCCUCCUCAUUCCAGAGCCGUUCCUGUACAAAAAUGGGAAACAAUUGGCAGCAAGAGAGCUUAAGGCGUGGCUAAAAGCCAAUCAAUCCAAAAUCCUACAUCUUUACUGGUACAUUGGGACAACGGUUGGGAGCACUGUUGGAAUUGACCAACGACAUUUUGCGAAACGAAUGAUAGAUUUGUCGCCAAUUUACGACUACAAAAUCAACAAGGGAUUCAGAGCAUUUCUCGUGAAGCAGUGGGUAUUCUCUUCUCUCGAAAAGGAUGAAAAUGUGAGAAGUGCUAAACUCUUAGAAGCAUGGAUUCAGGCAGUAGGAUUGAUUUUCAAAAAUCAGAAGUUUGCAUUGCCACCCCAUUUGCUGAAAUUGUCCAUUGGAUGACUGCAUUGCACUACCCCUUUUCAGUAGUUUGAUCCGGAAUAAUUUUAUUAAAUUCUGGGUGUUUAAAAUUGAAUAAAUCCGUUAUUUCUUAACCGAUUUAUAUCAUUUUGGUCAAAAUGUCCGGCCUAGAUUACUAAACACCAAAAGACCUGAUCUGGAGGUGCAAAACCAACAACAAUUUCACGCAGUUUACCAAGCAUGUUACAGAAACAAUUAGUUAUGCUGUUUACAGUUUUGAAUGUAAUUUGUUUUCAAUUUAUUAGUCUUGCGUCGUUGUCAAUGGCAAUGAUUCGUAGCACGAGCAGGAAUUUCUGAACUUCAAAUUGGAA